AUAACUCCAAGUUGAAGUCUAUCCAUGGAAUUGUGACCCAUCUUUGUUCCGACUAUGGCUGGAUUAAUGAAUCUAUCUUUUUCAAUACUGACGUGGUAUGUGGUAAGAUCUCAGUGAACGUUGGGACAAAUGUUAUUGCUCUUGUGGAAGAAAACGAAACAACUCAUGUACUGAAAGCAAUCAAGGUGAAAGCCAUGAAUAAUUCUGUUGGCGGUACUGAGGCAUCAGACCUUGAUAGAGAACUUUGUAUUUCUUGUGUCACCUCAGUAACACAGGACAACGUCUAUAUCAGUCAGGAAACUUUUUUCCCUGUCCAGCUGUUUUCGGGAGAAUUUAAGCCUUUCAAAGGAGACUUGUUGCUGGUUGAGUAUUCCAUGAAGCCGGGAACCUCAAACAUGAGCAUUCACUCUGUGAGCCCCCUGAACUCACAGAGUAUCAGAGAGGUCUGUGUGACCAGCGUUGAUGGAAGAACUGGUGUGGUGGAUGACAUCAUCUAUUUCACUUUGGAUUCCCUCCAGAAGCCUACUGGUUAUACACCCGGGCUCUAUGACAUUGUGAAUGUGGUUGCUGUGGACAGUGUUCAGCAGCACUGUUCUUGGAGGGCAGUAUCAAUGAUCCCGGUGGAGAUGUGUAUUGACCAAGCCUCAUAA